UUGCGAUUUAAUUGGCUAUUACUUUUCAACCGAUUAGAGCAAAGCAAUCGGUGACUAAUUUGAUUGGUUGAAAAGUAAACACUAAUUGUUAAUCGCAAUUCAAUCGGCACUUACUAGUGUGAUCUUAAAGCCUUGUGUCCACGAUAUAUUCGAAUCAAGAUCUAAUACUUAUUUUUAUUGGUAGAUGCUUGAAAGGUACUAAAUCCAAUAAUUUCUAGUAACUUUUACAGCCGGCCAACAAUUCGAUCUGAGAUCUAGCAUCGUGGACAUAAGGCCUUAUUCAACUUAAUACUUUACCGAUACUAUAACGUGUUACCAUUUGACUGUAUAGUUCAUAUUCGUGAAUAUAGAGGCGCUUUACGAGAAUCACGGAAAACUAGCGUAUGAUUCUUCUCUGUCUAAUACCGAUAGUCUAAUACCGACAUCUGUAUUUUAAAUUAUUGGUGCAUCUGAGCUUUGUUUGUGGAUGUUUUCAGUUUGGAUUUUAAUUUCCAUGGAGAAAUCUAUCGAAAUAUAUGCAGGAGACUAACGCAUUAAGCAGUCGCUAUCACGCUAGUAACGUUGGAUUAUUUAAUGCUGAAUACAAAUUGGCAGACUUUUCGCUUAGAUUAUGUUCGAAAGCGACGAUUGGAUUUGUGAAGUUGCUUUUAAUGAUAAUCAUGGAGCAACAAUACAAACUCAUCCUCAAUGUCAGAAUAAAGAAGAAACAUCCACCAAACGGCGUAAAGUCGAUGGCUACAUGGCUUCAUUCUUCACAGGGAAUGAUAAUUCUGAAAACGAAUUAAAUGUCACAAAAAAUACAAAAGAUAAUAAUUUAUCUGAUAGCAGUAAGAGCAAUAUAACACGUGAACACCUAUUAUUAGGAAUUUUCCAGGAGAAUAUUCGCCAAAAGGAGACAAGAGAGAAGCAGCAUCCUCAAUCAUCUAAAACGAAUACAUCAAGCUUAUCCUCGCAUAAGGAACCCAAAGAGAAGAAAGACACCAACUUUGCGAAUAAAGACUUUGGUAAAAAAUCAAAGUUAAUUAGAAUAUUUCCUGGACCAGCUGGAUUAGUAGCUCAUAUGAAAAAUGACAAUACUUCUGUUGCUUCAUACUUAAAUAGUGUGAAGGAAUUAGAGAGUAAACCAGCAGCAGAGCAUAUCAAAAGUAAUUUCCCCAAGUUGUCGCAGGAUGAGAAGAACUUGCUUAGUGAAAAAGCUUGGAAGUUUCUACUGGAUGAUUUGCCAAGGAAUUUUUUCAAUGAGUACGGAAUUUUCGCUAGUAAAAAUAGGGUAAAUGCUAGUCAUUGUAACAGUAUGAAGGUAAAAUUCAUAGCAGGUAUAUUAGAUUACAUAGAUCAUAGUUGCGACGAUCCAUUUAUCGUGUUAAGAGAUUCAACAGAUAGUAUAGAAGGCACUAUUCAUCGCGAUAUUCCAUUAAAAUAUCCUGGAAUAUUGGAACCAAAUGUGGUCGUUCUUUUGCACGAUGUAGGACUAUUGAAAACAACAACAAACGUGGUGAUGAACAAAUAUCAUAUUUUAGUAUCUCGAGUAAAUUUACUAGCGGUAUAUUCCAACAAAGGUCGGAUUAUACACACUCCUUGUACGGAAAAUAUUUUAUCCAGCAUCUCGAAUAUUGAGUUAACUAGAGAUGAUUGUACCCCAUCGAUUUCAAAUUAUUGCGAUGAUACAGUUGAACGCUGCGCUACUUCUUCCGUUAGUACAUCAACCAAUCAACAAGUUAACUCGAAACCUUUGAUAGUUGACAAUUCUACUCUGUUACACCGAUCAAAUGAGAAGCACGAGAGUGGCAAACAAGCCUUUGAUGAUAACAGCAAAAACAGCGAAGCUAAGGGUGAAAUAUUUGAAUUUUUUGAGUAUUCGAUGGAUAUGGAUGACGACGCUUUCUUUGCUGUCGAAAACAAGCCCGUCGUCUCGGAUGAGCACAAGCACUUCGACCGCUCGUCAUUCGAGGGUACCAUUGCACAAACCAGCGAAAUUCAACGGUGCAAAGUGCAAACGCAGAACACUGACUGUUUAGAAAAUGCGAAAGGAGAAUCUUCUGUGAUAAAACCGGUGGAUAAGAUGUUAUCUGAAUCGCCGGCAAUGAAAUACAAGGCCGAAAGUUCCAAAAAUCUGGUAAGCUACUUCACCGAUAAAGCGCUUCACGAUAAUGAAUAUGAUUCGGACGACGAGAUUUUGUCACAGUUAAAUAUGGAUAACAUUGUUAAUCAAAAAGAUAGCUGCUAAGGAGGAGCUUUCUGUAUAUACUGACUGUGUAUCAAUUGUUUUAAAGUCGUUUAGAUUAUUCGAGAUUAUUUUUCGGUUUGUAGUACCACGUUAAGUUAUUAUUAUGCUCAGUCUCUAAGCACGAUACUCGAAUCAACUAGUAUCGAAAUAGAGAAUGUACAAUAAUGUAUAUACAUGCAAAUACACGACAGAUUAUAUUUGAUGAUAUAAUUAUGCUUGUGUGUAAAUUGGAGUUACAUUGUGUGGUCAAGUUACUCGCGAGAUUGCAUUUAAUUCAGCGUUAUUUGUCGAGGAUUUACAAAACGUGCUUCUAUUGUUAUAGUAUUGCAUGUCGUAAAACGCGAUAACGUUUGCGAUACGUGCCGUCCAAUUCAAUCAGCUACUUUCGCGUUCACGAUAAAAAAUAUGUCAACGAUGCAUUGUAUGAUUUUACAACAUAAUUUUUAUUACGCCUCGAUGAUACAGUGUCAACAUGUUUUCACCUUAAAUUGCGAAUAACAACGGUAACAAUUAUAUACAGCGAGCGAACGAAUGCGCGAUCCGUACAGAGCGUCGCGCUGUUGCGAGAAUUGAAUUCGGACUCAGCUGUGUGUCGGUGCUCGAUCUGGAUCGAAUAACGGCGGGAUAAAAGCUGAAUAAUGAGAGAAAAUGAAACUUGAAGCCCCAGUACUCGCGGAGAAUCCGUCUCUUUCCCCACAGGCUCGAACUCGCUCGAACCGACCACUUUAAUAUCUAUCACUGUUCUAUAACUCGGUCGAAUAAUGUCUCAUAAUGCUCCUGCGGUUAGAUAUUCCGGUAGAUUAUCAGACAGUGUAUCUCAAGGUCGAUCCGAUGGAUACACAUUGAUGCACACGCUAACUAUCGAUCCUGCCUUCUUUGUACGACUCUUUUUUUUUUAUACGAGGAAAAUGCGGAAACGAGGAGCGAAACUUCAGGAGCGUACUUUCCAAUCCUCCUGAAGAAUAGAGAAAGAGAUUCUUGUGAGAUUCUGUCGCGAUAAAGAAGGCGUAUAGCGCAACUAAAGCCAACGUCUCCAGGCUCAAUGUUUAUAUACGAGUUAUCUGCCUCCUUAUUCUUUUUUAUCCUUGAAGUAAGUAAGACGUCUAUUUCAAUUGUCCGUUCGAGUAUCGGUGUAUAUUAGUUUCAUAAUUUAAUUUUAACUUUCAGGUAUAUAGAGUGCAAAUUCGGCAAUAGAUAUGCUGCUCGCGUCGUGGCACUCGCGAUAAACAUUACGGACAGCGUUUGUGUUGCAAGAAACGAUGAAAAUAUUAAACGAGACAUCGACAUAUCCGGCUUACCGUGCAAAGUGCAAAGGAUUACGCCUAUCAACGGCAGAAUCCGGAAUAAAAGAGCGGGAGAUCGCGAGAUUAAAGCCGUAAAAUAAAGGGAUAACUUGUUCUCACGCGUCACCGAAGGAUUAUCUUGAGAGACCUCGUGUGUUAUCUAUUCCCGUCACCCGCACGCGUGACACGCAUACGCCAAUGUCAAAGUUUUUAUGUGUUAUUUCGCACGAAUUAUGUGUUAUUAUUGUUUGUACGUAGGCACUCAACGUCGUCCGGUGGACGUUCCGCGGUAUAGUCGUUUUAAUUGGAUUCCGAGCGUCUGUUCAGUAAAUAUUCCCAUUCUUUUCCUUAUUUUUCUCUCCAGCGAAAGCUCGUCGUAUUAUGAUACGACAUUCAGCUACGAGUACUUUUACUAGCCUUCGCACAACUAGCCUUCGCACAAGUUGUGUGAAAACAUCUUACAAUCUUAAGGAAUAAAACGUGAUAAAAGUAUCUUCUCUCUCGGCGGCCACAUUGUCAUGCAU